CUAUCUCUCUCUUCUUUUUUUUUUUCUUUUUUUUUUUGCUCUCUCUCUUGCGUCUAGAGAGAGAGAGAGAGAGAGAGAUAGAUAGAGUGGGGGAAACAGAUGCAGAUAUGCUACUGGGUCCAAGAUUGAGCUUCUUUUUCUACAUCUACAUCUGCUCUUGAAGAUAAUGAGCAAAGCCUUCAUUGUCUUCUUCUCCGAUGAAGAGGAUGUCUCCUUACCCAGAGCAAGACUCACAUCUACAGAACCCAAUGUUUGUCUUUGACGGUCUCUACUGUGAAGAAGAGCAUUUUGAGGAUGAUUUGGGAGAGUAUGGUUUGGAACAAGGGAGUGACAACUGUGAUGAGAAUGUGAAAGGACCUUUAGUUUUCUUGGAACAUGACUGGGAUUGGGAUGAUGAUGAGCUUGUUUCUUUAAUUUCCAAAGAGAAAGAGACCCAUUUGGGUCUGAGUGUUUUGAACUCAGACGAGUCCUUAAUGGUGGCAAGGAGAGAAUCUGUUGAUUGGAUUUUAAGGGUCAUUGCUCACUAUGGUUUCACUGUUUUGACCACUGUUUUAGCAGUUAACUACUUUGAUAGAUUCAUUUCAAGCCUUUCAUUUCAGAGAGAGAAGCCAUGGAUGAGUCAACUUGUUGCUGUUGCUUGUCUCUCUUUAGCUGCCAAAGUUGAGGAGACCCAAGUGCCCCUUCUCUUAGACUUCCAAGUGGAGGAAUCAAAGUUUGUGUUUGAAGCCAAGACAAUCCAGAGAAUGGAGCUUCUGGUGCUAUCUACUCUUCAAUGGAAGAUGAAUCCUGUGACCCCACUUUCAUUUGUUGAUCACAUUGUGAGGAGGUUUGGAUUUAAGACAAAUUUGCAUUUGGAGUUUCUGUGGAGGUGUGAGCGCCUUCUUCUCUCUGCCAUCACUGAUUCAAGGUUUGGGUGUUAUCUUCCUUCUGUAUUGGCUGCUGCAACAAUGUUACAUGUUAUCAAAGAGGUUGAGCCUUCUAAUGUAUUGGACUGUCAAAAUGAGCUUAUGGAUGUUCUCAAAAUGAGCAAGGACAAAGUAGAUGAUUGCUACAAACUCAUCCUCGAACUGCCUGGCAACAACAGUCAAAUGCAAUGCCAAACCCACAAGCGCAAGUAUCAGUCCAUACCCAACAGCCCAAAUGGUGUCAUCGAUGUGAAUUUCAGCUGCGAUAGCUCGAACGAUUCUUGGGCAGUGACAUCCUCAGUUUCAUCAUCACCAGAACCCCUGUUCAAGAAGAGCAGAGUUCAUGGUCAGCAGAUGAGAUUGGCUCCAUUAAGGCAUAUGUCUGUGGGUGUAGUUGGCAGCCCUCGUUAAUUUUUCAAUUUCUUAAUUAUCUACUCGUUUUGGCACCGGUAUUAACAGUCAGUCUUUCACACCUUAAUUGCAGUAUGUCUUCUUAAGGUGCAAUUACAUUGCAUUUGAUGGUAUAUUACUGUAUUUGUGGCCAAACCCAUGUGAUGAAUCAGACUGAUUAUCAAACAUUCACUUCACCACUUCUUGGAUUGGAAGUGGUGGGGGAGAAGAGAUAUAAGUGGAGUUUUCCCAUAAGUUGAGUUCAUAAU